ACUAAACACCAUCCGGACAGCUCACGCAGUGCUCCACACACCGACAGCCAUGAGGACAGCGGUGAUAGUUGUGUCGCUGAUUGCUGCGAUAGCAGCGGAGGCCCCGUACCACCUGCCGCGGCCAGCGCCACACGCCCCGAGCUUCCACUACCCGCCUGCGCCGCCGCCCCCGCCGGUGCGCCCGCACCCUCCGCCACCGCCCCCGCCGCAACAGAACUUUGUGCCGGGAUCUGGAUACUUCUACCAACAGCCCAGCAUUCAGCCAGUGUUUGUGCAACCACAACCGCAAUAUCAGCCAGCCCCGCAGCCACAGUACCAACCGGCUCCUCAGCCUCAGUACCAGCCGGCUCCUCAGCCUCAAUACCAGCCUGCUCCCCAGCCCCAAUACCAGCCUGCACCUCAGCCCCAAUAUCAACCGGCACCCCAGAUACAGUACCAACCAGCUCCCCAACCUCAGUAUCAACCCGCUCCCCAGCCUCAUUACCAACCUGCUCCACAGCCCCUCCCAGUCUUCCAGCAACCAGCUCCUCAGCCUGCCCCUCAACCACUCCCAGUCUCUAUUCCUAGCACCUCCUACGGCGUACCCGUAGCUCGCCCAGCCUUACCCCAACCCCUGCCCCAGCCAAUCCGCCCACUUCCCGCCUACAUUGCACCUCAGCCGCAGCCUCAACCUCAACCACAGCCUCAAGUGUACCAGCCCGCCGUUGCAUAUCAACAGAGCUCGCAGCAAGGAUACUCAUACCCUCAACCUUCAGCUGGAGUACAGUUCCAACAGCAAUCUCAAUCAGUCGGCAGCAGCAGCGGCUCAUCAGCUCUCUCCAGUUACCAGGCAGAUUCGAAUCAAUACAGUGGUUUCCAAGGACAAGUCCACAGAGAGGCUCUCGACUCAGUCGUAGUAGAUAAGGUGCAAAAUAUAAUCAAGGAAAGUGAGCACUCGUCUGCCAGAGACGCAGGAUAUUUAUCGCUUGUAUCUGGUGUUUCUCUGGAAAAUGCCAGGCCCAGUGUUGAGAUCUCAUCGUUCGUCCACACUGGUCCAGCGACAGCUGCUGAGAGCUCCUCAUCGCUGAGCUCCUCGUCCUCGUUCUCGUCGUCGGGCGCGUCGGCGCCGUCGUCGGACUACGGCCUGCCGAGCAUCUCGGCCAACAGCCAGUCGAGUCAAAGUAGCUCUAGCCUUGGAUUCUUACCUAAUUCGAAGCCCGCCACGUCAUAUGGCCCACCCAACUGAUGGUUCAAUGUUUUUUUUAUUAAACUUAUGUAAAUAAUAUUUUGUAAGAGCUAUGUAAAUAAAUUGUACAAAUGUGUUGUUACCUACUCAUUAGU